AUGGAUGUCCGAAAACAAAAGGCUAAAAGAAAUGAAACACCAAAUAUGAAAUUACAAUUGUAUCCCUGCUCUCUUGGUGACCCAACGUUUUUUCUCGAUCUGGCUAAUGCUCUAGACACCACUGGAUUUCAGACAGCUUUCCACGUGGAGACAUCUGGGAGCAUGUUGGGUGAGUGUGUGGGUCAUCUUGUUGCAAACUGUUUGGUGAAUUCUUGGGCAAAUCGCGGGUUUAUUAGAGGUGUCAAAUCUUUGUAG